UUUGGGGUGGCCAUUUCUAAAACGUCUUGGGAAUUUGGGAUUCAGUUGAUGGGAUUUAUCCUAUGCUGACCGUGACCUGAAACUAGUUGGAACUUGAAAUGGCACCAUUAGCAGGUGCAGAAUUGGUGCAUAAACCUUUGCAACUUUAUCGAUAUCUUCUUCGUUGCUGCAAACAACUUCCAGCUGAAAAUCUCCAAUUGCAUUACAAGCAUGCAAUAAGACAGGGUUUUCGGGUUCAUGCUGACGAGGAUACUGAACAAAGAAUACAACAGAUCAUUAAAAGGGCAAUUGAGGAUGCUGACUGGGUAAUGAAAAAAUAUAAGAACCAAAACAGGUGACCAACAAAACCAAACCCACCUGCAUCAGGAUUGCAACUUAAAUAUCCGCUUCUUUGGUAGCUCCUGCAAUGAAAAUACAUGAUUGAAAAUGAUUUUGUGCAGAUAUAGAGUGGCUGUUUCUAAAAUCCAUGUUACAAAAUGGUGCUGAAGAACAUCAUGUAAUAAAGUAAAGAUUACGCUGCGGGAUAUAUUUCUGCCAUACGGGGCUACUUUUUUUGGUGUUUUUUUUUUUUACAUUUAUUAAAAGUGUGUUUAAACCA